AUGGAGGUGCGCCUCCAAGAAAUCAAGGAGUUAGCAGUGAGGGUUCUACAACCAGGCUACCCACUGCAUUUGCCCGCCCAAGGACACGAAUUGCUUCCUACACAUCUACAAUGGAUUCUCUCAGUCGACCACGAGCCAAAGACAGGCUGCUAUGCUCUUCUUCUGCUUAACAAGCGGGCUGUACUGGAAAUACCAGACGAUAACGACAGGCAACACUACGCACCGCGCAUCGCCUUCUUCCACAGCGAGAGGAGCCGCCAAAAAUGCCAAUGCGUAGACUUCAAUUACCUCGGCGUUCCGUACUCGGAGAUCGUACACAUGGACAAGGUGGCCAACAAGUCGGCAAGGAUCCUAGCCAACCGAUGGGCCGAGUCCGGGUUCGACAUCUGGAUACACUACCAGAACCUCUGGGCGGGCGUCGCGUCCAUGGCACUAUCGCCGACCGGGAGACCCAAGUGGCACAAGCAAGUCAUUCCCACGUUCAAUUAUGACUGGCCGCGGUCCUUUUGCGAGCUCAUCUUUCUCGACUUGUGGCAGCACGGCGUUGCCUUCGACUCGAGCGUGCCCCGGUUGCACGCCGUGGCCAACAAUGAAGCUCUUGGUCUCUACAAGGAGGAGAUGAGGCGCAUAUGCACCGAGGCCACGGUGCGCGAUGCCAGACGCAGAGGUAACGACUAUGCGCUAUUCUUUGCCAAAGAGGUUUGUGCCCAGUCCGAGCUUCUCUUGAUGCGGCGCAAGUAUGCUUUCAUGGAUUUCGGCCCAAAACAUGCUGAAUUUGUUCCAAGCAGCGAGAGGUGCCUGAUGCGUCGGCAGUCCACUGGCGCGUUGCGAGGAUUAGCAGCUCAGUUAUCUGCCGCCUAG